UUACAGAUGCUGCAGAGGCUGAAUCUGUCCAUGUCUGGAAGAGUUGGAUCAUGGCCACAGCAUCUGUGUCUGAGCUGAGGGUUGUUCUUCUGGGGAACAACUGGUUUGAGAAGAAUUCAGUAGGAAACCUGAUCCUGGAUCAGGAUGUGUUCAUUUACAAACCCACCUCCUGUCUGAGAAUCAGUAGAACAAUAGAAGAGACAAAAGUCGUCAUCAUCAACACCCCAAAUCAUCUACUGUCUGACAUCUCACACCAUGAGCUGAUGAAGUUCAUAAAAAACUGUUCAGAUGUUUCACAUCCUGGGCCUCAUGUGUUCCUGCUGGUUCUACAGCCUGAAGACUUCACUGAAGAACACAAACAGAGAAUAGAAUCAAUCCUUGAAAACUUCAACGAUCAGUCAUUUAAUCAAACACUGGUUCUGAUUUCACCAAGAAAACAGAGUCCAGGACACACAGAAACAUACAGACAACGUCCAGCUGUAAAAGACAUGAUCAGUAGAUGCAGAUGUGGAUAUCUACAACUGGAGAACCUUCGUCAUGAUGAACUGUUAACACGACUGGGUCAAAUAGUGAAAGAAAACAACGGAAAACAUCUGAGCUACGAAGAAUUUGAGGAAACACCAUCUUCUUCAUCAGAUGAUCAUGAGGGCUUCAAACUGAAGCAAACAUUUUAUGAUGUCAUGGCUGCUGUUAAAGGUACUGGGCUGACUGUGGGAAAACAUGUCCAAUCAUACCUCCGUGUCUCUGGGACAAACCCUUCAUCUGACAAAUCUGAUCUCAGGAUUGUUCUGUUUGGGAAAAGUGGAGACAAGAAGACUAAACUUCUUCAUUUAAUCCUUGGGAAGCAAAGUUCACCUUCCUUAAAAUCCUUCCCAGCCAAAGACUGUGUGACUGUCGAUGGAGAGUGGAGAGGAAAACCACUAACAGUGGUGAAAACUCCAGACAUCUGCAGUCUGACGGUGGAAUCACUGGGAAAAGUAGUGAACUACUUGACCCCUGGACCAAAUGUUCUUCUGCUGUUGGUGAAGCCAUCAGAUUUCACUGAGGAGGACAGUCAAACACUGAGGUCCAUCCUGAGUUUGUUUGGUCCAGAUGCCUUCAAACACUCAAUGGUUGUCUUCACACAUGAUCACAUCAGUGAAAUGAGUUUCUCUGUCAAUGAGCUCCUGAAAGACUGUGUAGGAAGACACUACAACAUGUUAAAAGAAGACCGCAAUUUUUUAAUGAAGAUGAUUGAAGAAACUAAAGACAACAGCCUCGCUCCUCUGUCCACAGUCAUCAAACCACCUUUAAACCUGGUUCUGUGUGGAAGCAGAAGAUCAGAGAAGACUUCAGCAGCCAGGGCCCUUCUAGGUCUGACUGAGCUUCAUUCAGGUUCUUCAGAGUUUGUUAAACAUCAGGUGGAGGUCUGUGGACAUCAGGUUUCUGUGGUGGAGCUGCCUGUCCUGAAUGGAAGACCUCAGGAAGAAGUGAUGAAAGAGUCAUUCCAGUCCAUCUCCCUCUGUGAACCUGAGGGCGUCCACGCCUUCAUCCUGGUCCUACCAGUGGGUCCACUCACCAAUGAAGACAAGGUAGAGUUUGAGACCAUCCACAACACAUUCAGCUCUCGAAUCAGGAAUUUCACUGUGAUUCUGUUCACUGUGGAGUCAGAUCCUACAGCUCCAGCUGUGGUGAACUUUGUAAAAAAGAGUAAUGACAUCCAGGAGUUGUGUCAGAGAUAUGGAGGAAGAUAUGUCAUUCUCAAUGUCAGAGACAAACAGCAUGUCUCUGAGGUGUUGGACACUGUGAAAAAACUGAUUCACCACAAAAACAAUCCAAUCAGCUUCACGUCAGAAGCAUUUGUAGAAGUCCAAAUAGAGAAGAUCAUCCAAUUGCAAGCAUGUAUCAAUGAGCAACAGUCUGAGAUUGAAAAUCUGAAAAAGAAACAACCAUCUGUAGCAGCUGAUGAAGAUAAACAGAGUCCAGAUUGUCUGAGGAUUGUUUUGAUUGGAAAAACCGGCAGUGGAAAGAGCUCCUCAGGAAACACAAUCCUCGGAAGAAAAGACUUUAAAGCUAAAUCAAGUCAAAAAUCAGUCACCAAACUUUGUCAGAAAGCAACUGCUCAGGUGGACGGUCGUCCUGUCGCUGUGGUCGACACUCCAGGCCUUUACGAUUACACCAUGACCAAUGACGAGGUUCAGGAGGAGAUGGUGAAGUGCAUCAGUCUUUUGGCUCCAGGACCACAUGUUUUCCUGUUGACACUUCAGAUCAGCAGAUUCACGCCUGAAGAGAAGGACACACUGAAACUCAUCAAAGAAGGAUUUGGAAAGAAUGCAGAAAGAUUCACCAUCAUCCUUUUCACAGGUGGAGAUAAACUGGAAAAUGACGAGCAGUCCAUCGAGGAUUACAUUGAAACAGAAUGUGAUGAUUCAUUCAAGAAGCUGAUCUAUGACUGUGGAGGAAGAUACCAUGUGUUCAACAACUUUAACAAGAACAAUUGCACUCAGGUCAGUGAACUGAUCGACAAGAUCGACAACAUGGUGAAAGAAAGUGGAGGCAGCUGCUACACCAACGAGAUGUUGGAAGAGGCCGAAGCAGCGAUAAAGAAGGAGAUGGAGAAACUAUUGAAGGAGAAAGAAGAAGAGAUGAAGAAGAAGGAGGAAGAGCUAAAAAGAAACUAUGAGGAGAAAAUGGAAGAAAUGAAAAGACGAAUGGAAGAACAAAAUGAAGAAACAGAAAAGGAGAGAAAACAGAAAGACAAAGAACUCAGAGAAAUGGAGGAAAACAUCAACAAGGAGUAUGAGAAGAGGAGGAAAGAACAGGAAAUGAGAGAGGAAGAAGACAAAAGAAAGAAACAAGAGGAUGAAGCGAAACGGCAAGAAUGGGAGCAGAAGAUCAGAGCCAUGGAGGAAAAGAUCAGAUCUGAAUCACAGGAGAAAGAGAACAUCAACAUAAAACUGGAUGAGAGCAGAAAGGAGGUGGGACAACAACAGGAAGAAUGGGAGAAGAAAAGGAAGGACUGGUGGAAAAAACGGCAAGAAGAAGACGAACAAAGGCAACAGGAAGAGCAAACGAAAAUCACAAAACUCAGAGAAAAAUAUGAGCAAGAGAAGGAAAAAUAUGAAACGGAAAGACAGAGAGAAGAUCAAAUGAGACGAGAACAGGAAGAACGAGAGAGAAGAGAAUUAGAGGAAAACUACAAGAAAAAAAUGGAAGACAUGAAGAACAAAUAUGAAGACGAGGCAAGAAAACAAGCUGAGGAGUUUAAUGAUUUCAGACAGAAAUACACCAAAGACCUCGAAGCUCUGAUGGAAAAACAUGACAAAGAACUCAAAGAUCUGAGGGAGAAACACAGCAAAGAAAUCCAAGAGAAACAGGGAGUGCACAGUAAAGACUAUGAUCUGUUGAAGGUGCUGUCAAGCCACACUGAAAGAGGAUUAAAAACAGAACUGAGAGAGAAAGAAAAAGAGCUGAAAACUGAAAAAGCUAAACUACAAGAAAUGGCAGACCUGAAGAUAAAGCAAGAAAAAGAGCUGAAUGACCUGAAGGAGAAACACAAGAGUAGAUGUUCCAUCCUCUGAUGAUCCUCCAUACAACUCCUCAUUACCACAUGUUCAACUGCCAUUCAACCCAUCAGUAUCCAGGUCAUUUGGAGCACAUCUGCUGACCUUUAACCUUUGAUCAUUGACACAGUGCGGCUAUUUUCCUCCAGUUCCACAUGGAGGUGGACUCAUGUGGCUCUGGUGGACCAAGUCCACAGUGGCUUCACAGAUGUGAAAGUUACACACAUCACAAGCACUGGCAUGCCCCCCCCCCCCGCCAUACCAUCACAGAUGCUGUCUUUUGACCUUUGUAGAUUUCUUUUCUGAUAAUCUGGAUGGUCCUUUUUCUCUUUAGCCUGGAAAAUAUUAUUUCCAAAAAUAAUAUGAAAUGUGGACUCAUCAGACCACAGCACACACUUCCAUUUCAUCAGUCCAUCUCAGAUGAGCUCAGGUGGUGGUGUUUCUGGGUGUUGUUCAUAUUUAGUUUGUGCUUUGCGUAGUAGUUUUAGUCCAUGAGCUGAAAUCCUUUACAGCAUGUCUGUUUUUAAUGCAGUGGGAUGAGAAGGUCCAAGUCCAGUCAUGUUCUGUCAGUGUUGGUUUUCAGUCUUGCUGCUUUCAUGCACUGAUUUUCUGUGAAUCUUUUGAUAUUAACAGUAGAUGAUGAAAUCUCUAAAAUCCUUACAAUUGGACAUUGGGAAAGCUUGUUCUUAAACUUGGACCAGUUGCUUAUGUAGUUGUUCAGAGUGCUGAAUCCUGCUCCAUCUUUGCUUGUGAAUGACUGAGCCUUUUGUUGAUGCUCCUUUUAAACCCAAACAUGAUUCUCACUCUGCAACCUCUGGUCUUCAUCAGGGCUUUUUUCACUAGUGAGUUGCACACCUUCAUACAAUCACUUUAAUGACCUGAAGGAGGGAGGUGUGAGGGAAAAGGAAAAA